CAAUAUAGAAUAUUGGGUUUACAUUAUUUCCCAAUAUUGAACCAAUAUUUUGUGCUACUAGGGUUGUAAUGUAUAAAUUUUGAUUUUCAGCAGAACAAUGGUCAUACAGAUUCUGAAAAAAGAAAACAGAUGUUACCUCAAAAAGAAAAACCAAUAAUAACAGAAAAUGUUAUAAAGAGUGCAUCGGAGUUGUCGAAAAAAUCUAAUGUGCUGAUUAAUAAAACGCGAAAACUGCCAUGCAAACCGGUAAACGAGCCAUUGUUUAUAAAGGUGCAAGAUUUACGUAAGCUGUAUGUUGCGGAAAAGAAGAAAAGUGAGCAACUAGAAGCUGCUUUAGAGUCGGCCAAGAUUAAAAUAAAAGACUUGAAAGCGAUGAAUAAUGAAAUGACGGGGCUAAAUAUGAAAUUGCAGAAAACUGUUAUCAGUUAUGUGAAACAAUUGACGGAUGGUAAAAAUAAUACGAUACCUAUAAAGCCACAUGAAAACAUAAUGAAAGAUGUUCCGGCGGUGAGUAUGAUACAUAAACAUGAUAAGAAAGUGAGAUAA